AUGGACCAGCAAAUUGCCUCUUACAAAUUUUCAUCCAAUGAUAGACAGUAUGUACCGAACUAUCCCUCCCUCCCUCCCUCUCUCUCUCUUACCGGUCCCCACCUUGUCAUUCGGACCGGACUGUCCGUCGGGACUAGACGCUUACUAUCCAGCUCAAGUCCUAAGGCACCAUGUCUGCAGCUCGAAAUUGAACUCUGCCCGCUCUUGCAGUAUACCCUCCGUCGAGCAACGCCGGACGAUGACCCAAGGCCAUUUGUCUUCGUGUGGUCUCCCCUCAAUGAGGGCUAUCAUCAAGAUGGAUUCAUACUUCUACGACACACCUCAGAUGGCAAGCUGGAAAGGGUAUCCGUACCAGAUGCGAUCCAAGAUCCGAUAGACAUCGUGCACACAGGGCGCCCCGGUCCUGAGCGUAGAGCUCUCCGGUCCGAAUACCAUUGUCCCCGAAGGAAACACUCUGCAUCAUUGCAUGUUCGCUACCAGGGGAGCCCCACAGACCGACCGAUAAUAUUCCGUAACCAUGUAAUCUGGGACAUGUUUCGCUCCUAUCGCCUAGAGGAUGGUUUGUGGGAGCUUCAGGAGGGUCCAUGUGGAUGCCCCGGGCUUUUCCUGGAUGAUCCUGAUAUCACGGUAAAUGUGGCGGAGGAUGAGGGUUUUGUUACUCUGAAGCCAGGAGAAUGCUGA